ACUCACUUUGUCUGCACAUCUUUUCCGGGCCUAUAUUUACUCAGAUUUGCCAUGCCAUUUCUGCAAUUCUGAAUUAGACUCCCAAAUUCUGUUCCUGUGCGUCACCUGCAUCGCCGCCAUGGCUGUAGAUAAUUCUGUGCCGCCCAAUUUCUGGGGCGACAUGCCAGCUGAAGAAUACUACGCCUCACAGGGCGUAAGCAAUGCACAGGAAUAUUUCAAAACGCCUCAUGGCACUCUAUUUACACAGACAUUUACGCCUUUACAGAGGGAAGGGGAGGAAGCGCCUCAAUUGAAAGGAAUUGUAUGCAUGAGUCACGGCUAUGGCAGCGACACCGGGUGGUUGUUCCAGAAGAUCGCUAUUUCCUUUACACAGUGGGGUUACGUUGCCUUGGCGGCCGAUCUGCUCGGCCAUGGCAGAUCUGAGGGUUUGAGAUGCUACAUGGGAGACAUGGAGAAGAUUGCGGCUGCUUCCCUCUUUUUCUUCAAGUCUAUGUGCGACAGUGAUCGAUUCCGCGGCCUACCGCACUACCUUUUCGGUGAAUCCAUGGGAGGAGCCGCUACGCUUCUCAUGUAUUUUCAGGAUCCCGAGGGUUGGGACGGUCUGAUCUUCUCUGCGCCGCUUUUCGUCAUGCCGGAGCCGAUGAAACCCUCAUGGUGGCGCCUUGCGGCUUACGGGCUCCUGUUCGGAGUCGCUGAUACCUGGGCCGUUAUGCCGGAUAAUAAGAUGGUGAAGAAGGCCAUUAAAGACCCUGAGAAGCUCAAAAUUAUUGCUUCAAAUCCUAGGCGAUAUACGGGGAAACCUAGGGUUGGAACCAUGCGCGAGCUUUGCAGGGUUUGUGCUUUUUUUCAGGAGAAUUUUGAAAAGGUCACUGUGCCCUUUCUUACUUGCCAUGGGACUUCUGAUGAAGUUACUGCCCCGGAAUCCAGUAAGGCUCUGUUUGAACGGGCUAAGAGCGAGGACAAGACGCUUAAAUUGUAUGACGAUAUGUAUCAUUCUCUUAUUCAGGGGGAACCAGAUGAGAACAGUGAUAUUGUGCUUGGUGACAUGAGGGAAUGGCUUGAUUCCAGGGCGCCGAAGCUGCUCGCCAGCCGUGCUGGUGCUUCCUGAAAAUUUAAGCUUUUAUUUUGGAAUUCUUCAGGUAAAUAUGAUUUACGCUGCUGUAUUUUGCUUUCGAUCGCCGAUCGCUGAGUUGGAUUUCAAUUCCAGUAAUGCGAUCUGACAGGUAGUUUUCCUGUCUCUGUUGAUGAAAAAUUUAAAUAAUUCUGAUUGAUGGAAACCCGGCGAUCUGUUAAUUUGGAGACCGUAUGACCGUAUAUAAUAUACUUUCAAAUAAAUGUUAGUAGAAGACUACCUACAUCACGCGAAAAGGGAAAUGUUAAUAAGUCACUAGAUUAUAUACCUUAAUUAGUCUAUCUUAUGUACUUACCUAAUUCCACCUACCUCAGAAGGAAGGAUAACGUUGCCGGCCUUGACAAACAAGCUCUUUUCUGUCCUUUCCAUUAUGGAAGGCAAUAUCUUUUAAUGCCUUGAAAGAUAAUAAUUAUGUUCUAUAUAUUAUUUUUACCUUUUUAUAUCAAUGGUAAAAAGUACGUUCUUUGAAA